CGUACAGAAAGUGAAUGUGAACACCCUAUUCCACUUGUGGAACUAACCAUGUGAUAGAACAGUUGACCAGUUAUUUAAGAAUUAUAAGAAGGAAAAAAUGUAUUUGACUAUAUAAUAUUCGAUUUUUAUAAUUUUCGAAGCCACAAAAUAAAGACAAAAGAGAAGAAAAAAAGACAAUUUCUAUCUUGUGUAGCGGUAGCAGGAGAAGUAAAAACAAAUGAAAAAGUGACGCUUUUGUCGCUUUUGUCAUUUAAGCUGGAAAACGUUCCUGUAGUUCCUUCUUUUAAUUUAGUUUAAUUUUGUGUGUUUAUUAAAUCUACAAAACAUCGAAAGGAAGCAAAUUGCUUACUGCCAGCUUUCUUAUCUUAACAAAAUUGGAGGGAAAAAUGUUAAGGAUGCUGUCUAUUCAAUGUUGCGAAAAGUUUUUUGUAAUGAGGUUGCAGCUCAAUUUAGUUGGUUAGGGUGUAAAGGAAAAUACAGAUUCUCUUCGUUGGAAGUAACUAAAGUGAUUUUGGGUUAAAGUCACAAAAUGAAGAGGAAAAGGCUUUACGAUUUGUCAGAUCGACAGUUUCGAAAUCGAAUUACUCAGCAUAUGCUUCAACAUUCUUUCUUGCAUACAGACUCAACGGAUACAACGAAUGUACAAAAUUCAUUAUCACCGGAGGCCCAAAAUUUAUUCUUUACUGAUACUGAAAAUUCAUUCUCAGAUAAUAACCUUCUAAACCCAGUGGUAAAUGAUUUAAACUAUUCGCUACAAAAUGAUAUUAAAGUGGAAAAAGAAUCCCUAGCUUCUAUAUCUAUUUCUUCCGAAAAUGCAUCAAACGUUACUGAACCUGAUAUAAUUGAUAUGAAUGAAGUUUAUAUGGAAAACUGUGAAAAGGAGAAAGACCCUGAAGAUAUUAAUUCAUUUCUAGCAACAUGGGCCACAGAUUACAGAAUAACACAUUCUCAACUAAGACCAUUAUUAAACAAAUUAAAAGAACAUAAUUGUUUUCAACAGCAAAUACCCAAAGACCCAAGAACAUUGCUGGGUACACCUACGGGAAAAGCGGCUAUAAAAACAGUUCAUCCAGGAGUAUAUUAUCACUUUGGCUUAAGCACUGGAAUUGAAGAAAUACUUACUAAAUAUUACAACAAGCCAUUAUCAAAUAUUAAGUUAAAAGUAGGCAUUGACGGUGUUCCACUAGCAAAAUCUUCAAGAGCUCAAUUUUGGCCAAUUUUAGCUUCUAUACAUCCAUUUCCAGACAUUUUCCUGAUUGGUGUUUAUUACGGACAUGAAAAACCGACUUAUGAAGAAGAAUUUUUGGAAGAUUUUAUUACAGAAGUUGAAGACCUGUGCACUAAUGGCUUUAAAUUUAGAGAAAAUGUUUUGACCUGCAAAAUUGAUUGCAUAAUUUGUGAUGCACCCGCUAAAUCGUUUCUUUUAAACGUUAAAGGCCACACAGGAUUUCACAGCUGUACAAAAUGUGUUAUACGAGGAAAGUGGAGAAGACAUCGAGUUUGUUUUCCUCAUACAGGUAAAGUUUAUAAAAAAAGAACUGAUGCUAACAUUCGCUAUCGAAUGCAUAAAAAACACCAAUUAGGUUACUGUUGUCUACGUCGGAUUCCAAAUUUUAAUCUUAUUGAUGAUAUUCCUUAUGAUUAUAUGCAUUUGGUAUGUUUAGGUUGUAUGAGAAGAUUGAUUUUCUUUUUGAUAGUUAUUCGCUCGCCUUCUCGAUUGAGAAAAUGGCAGAUAAACAAAAUUUCGAAACGUUUACAAAAAUUGAGGAAAUAUAUUCCACAAGAAUUUUCAAGAAAACCUCGAUCUUUAAAAGAAUUAAGAUUUUGGAAAGCGACUGAGUACCGACAAUUUGUUUUAUAUACUGGCAGUUUCAUUUUUAAAGGUAUUUUACCUCAAAAAUUGUAUACGCAUUUUAACACUCUUCACGUUGCUAUGCGAAUUUUAUGCUCAAAAAAAUUAGUAAAAAGGCCAAAUUACUUGGAUUACGCGAAUGAAUUAUUGUCAUACUUUGUAAAGUGUCUUACUUUUUUAUUUGGUAGUUACAGCGUUUCCUACAAUAUGCACGGGUUAUUGCAUUUAGUUGAUGAUGCUAGAAAACGAGGCUGUCUUGAUAACUUCAGUGCAUUUGAUUUUGAAAAUUAUUUACAACAACUUAAGAAGUGGAUGAGAAAAGGUGAGAAACCUUUAGAGCAAUUAGUACGAAGAUAUGCCGAAUUUAAGAAAAACAGUGCGAAACUUACGAAGUCGCAAGUAAAUGAAAUUAAAAUCAAUGAAAACUCACAGCAUUGUAAUGGUCCUUUACUUGAAGGAUGCUCUUCGCCUGAAUAUCAUGAAUUAACUAUUAGAGAAUUUAGAUUAGAUGUUUUAAAACUACGUGAUAGUUGCUUCGGUUUAUUAAACAAAGAUAUUAUUUUGAUUUUAAAUAUUGCUCAUCAUGUAGAUUCCAAUGAAAUUGUUGUUAUUGGAAAAAACUUUGAAACUGUUCGCAACUUAUAUUCAAAACCAUGUGAAUCAUCUCUUCUAAAUGAGUUUAUAGUCAGUGAUUUAUCAAGUCUAAAAAUGUGGCCUUUGAAGAAUGUAAAGAGAAAAUUUAUGAUUGUUCCGUUAAAUAGGAGUGAGUAUGUAGUCUCUUCAUUGUUGCAUACUGAUUAAUUUAGAUUUUAGUUAUAAGAAGGACUGUUUUAUGUGAUCAAUAAGUUGGAACUUAAACUUGCUUGUCAGUUAUUAAUUUCUUAUCUUGCAUACUGAUUAAUUUAAAUUUUAGUUAUGAGAAAGACUGUUUUAUGUGUUCAAUAAGUUGGAAUUUUUAAUUUCUUAAAAAUGAUUUAUUAUUAUUAUUAAUUAUUAUUUAUUAAUUUUUAAUUUCUUAUCUUGCAUACUGAUUAAUUUAGAUUUUAGUUAUGGCAAAGACUGUUUUAAGUGUGCAAUAAUUUGUAAUUUCAAAUUUCAUAUCAAUCAGAUUUCUGCUGAUUUUAAAUAUCAAGUGAAACAUUGUUUAAUGAAUUUUUCUUUUAAUAUUUAUCGUUGGACUUUGUCUAAAAAAAAUUGAAAUUGUUUAAAUUUAAAUUAUAAAAUUUCAUCUGAAAAUUGAGUUAAUAUCUCAAUUACGUAAGACUGAUUAUGAUUUAUUAAUAUUGUGUUAUAUUACUAUGAAUAAAUACAUGACAUUGUUAUAAAUAUUGAGAUUUAAUGAUUUACAUUAAAAACUGUAAAAAUUUUAAUUGAAUAAUAAAAUCUUUAAUUCAAGUA